AUGACGAAGCGUCGUCCAUCAAACAAAAAGCCAACUGGAGUCAACAAAUCUCUUGGGAACUCGCUUAUGAAUGAGCGCGUCAAAGUUCGACAAGCUCAUCAGCGCUCGAAAUAUGAUGCAGAAGAGAUAGAAAAUCCGGCAUUUAUGGAUGUUGAAACCAUCAAAAACAUCGAUUCCAUAACUGAGGAAACAAGUCUAGAAGAAUUUCUAGCCAAAGCCAACUUGGCUGGGACCGAAUUUACAGCUGAGCGACAACAGUUUCGUGUAAUCGAGAAGGAAACUGCAGUGGUGGUCCCCUCGCGUGUUGACUACGAAAACAAUCUAGAGCUUCAACGACAACUCGAGCAUAGGCUAAAGAUCCCUCGAAGACCGUCUCGAGCUCUGUACAACACUGCUGAUGAAUUAACACAAUUAGAAAAUGAAAGCUUUUUGAAAUGGAGAUCGGAUUUGGCCGAGUUGCAAGAGAAGGAUGGUUUAACGCUUACUCCAUUCGAAAGAAAUCCUGAAAUGUGGAGAGAGCUAUGGAGAGUUGUGGAACGAAGUGAUGUUGUUGUACAGUCUGACACAUGCGUUUGAUUCUAGAUUAGUAAACUGUCACACGUUUCUUCAGAGGUAGGCUUUGUGAUUCUUUGCUUUUUUGUUUUUCCUCAGUUACUUAUGUGA